ACAGCGCGUCUCCAGCCACUUGCCCGCGACAACUCAUCCAGCCGCUUCGCCGUGGCUCGGCUCAACUGAACAUGAAGCGGUCAGCGGAACCUGGUCCGUCCUCGUACCACAGACCGACGCCGACGCCCCAGGCUCUCAUUCAGGCCUUCCCGCCGGAUCAGAAGAAGAAAGCGGGAGACAUCUGCCGCAAGGGGUCGGACGGUACGGGAUGGAUAGAAGGCAAAGUUUAUCAGCGAGGGGCACCUUCUGGACAGACCUGGGAGUUCAUCAUGACGGCGGAGCUUGGCUCGCGUGUGCAAGUCCUGCUCUCCGGGAGCUGUUUGGAGCACUUUCCCAGUCUGCCGAUCGUGGUCGGCGCGCAAGUGCGUAUACGCGCGAGGGGACUCGUCUUGGAAGAUCUCGAUGAACCUCCGAAGCUACUUUUACCGAAGCGGUUUGCCUGGCGAGAGCGUAUAACGCUACAUGUGCACAAUCCGAAGACCGGCGAGCAGUAUUUCGUCGACACUUGGGCAGAUUCCUCAUCUAUACACCCUCCGGUAGACGAUGCUUCGCCGGAUAUGGAUAUGGCGAGCGCACCAAGUGUUCCCAAGAAGAGAAGACGAACACCAAAUCCCGCGAGUGCAGACCACGAUGUACAACGCAGGAGCGCGUCCCUACCAUCAACAGACGUGAAUGGCGUUGUAGAACCUACACCGCUCUCUGACCCCAUGCUCGUCGACCACGCAGGGCCGGUCGAGGCUACCUCAGAAGGAGAACCGGUGGAGAAGCCAACGGAAUCAAGUGACUCACAGUCUGAUUCGCAGAAUCCGCAGAGCCUUCCUUCGCCCCCUCCGGAGCUCACCAAGGUAGUGGGAACGGAUGAGCAAACUAUAGGCCUCAGCACAUCCGACAAGGAAGUCGUGCCUGCUCCUGAGGAAUCACCCGAGGGUCAACCACCGAAUGGCAAGACGGUUGCGGUAGCCCCAAUGCAAGAACGCCAGGAGUCCCCAGUGAUCGACGGAACAUCCGCCGUGACGUCUCCACCACCACCACCUCUGCGCGCUCGAACUGGGGCUGGUCUCUCGGGGAACGGUAGAAAACUAUCAAGUAAGGACCGAAGAAGAAAAUUAAAGCAACUCCAGAAAGCCGGCAAGCUGGUAGAUGAGGCGCCUCCUACGAAGCGAAGUGAAGCUGCCGCAGACGUCGAUGGUGAGGAACACUACUGGGACGAAGCGGACACCAUUCCCGAUGAUGUCCUCAUGGAUGAUCCCGGCCAGCGACAGGCUGCAGUUGAACAAGUGAAUAGCCAACCUGACAAGGCUGAGCGUGCCGUCACUCCCGCUCAUCAUCUCCAGGUGAUCCAGCCAGACGAGCCGCCAGCCGACGGUAAUGGGGAAUCGAAUGUCCGGGAAUGCAACGGCGACCCACUGGAGUCUCUUCGCGCGGGUUGCACUUCUGGAUUUGUCACAUAUACCCCAUUCGAUCAACUCCAGAGUGUUGGGCCGCAACAUAUCAUCGGUGUCGUGGAAUCUGCUGGAGCGGUUACGCAAACCAAGAAGCUAGAGUUCAUGUUAAGACUCGUGCUUUAUGAUCCAACGAACUAUGGUUCUAGCGGUUUUAGCGUGAUGUUGUUCGAGAAAGCAAAGAAUGCUCUCCCGACGGUGGAAUCAGGGGAUAUACUGAUGUUCAGAGGAAUACAGAUCGACAGGUUCAACAAUUCCUUGUGUGCUGUCGGCGCGUCCUUCAAGGGAUGGCAAUGGGCGGUGUUCCAUGUGAAGACCGGCAUGCUAUCGAGUGCUCCCGAGGACACUUGUGCCUUGCGCCAUUUCAAACCCGAAGGGGCCGAGUUGCAGUUCAGCAUACGGCUAGGAGACUGGUGGCGGGACGUCUCGUCCAACGCGACAUCGUUUGCCCCCGACAUAUCACGAGCCCGAGGACGCGGUCGGGAGCACAAGCUGAUCGCGGAUGCCACUGGUGAUGAAUACUUCGACACCACUGUCGAGGUUCUACAUGGAUUGAGAAACGACAACGGGGUCUACAGCGUUUUUGUUACUGACUACACGCGCAACCCGGCUGUGUCGCCGACUCAGGGCGAAUGGUGUCCACCGCGACUCGCACCAUACGUCCUGCGCGUCGAGUUGUGGGACUCCUCUGCGGAAGUCGGCCCAACGAUGCAGGCGGGCGAGUACUAUUCUAUCCGCAACUUGCGCUCGCGGAUUGGCGGCGGCGGAUAUCUUGAAAGCAAGAUGCAGGAGGGCGAGAAGAUCGUUAAGCUUGACGAGGACCAGUUGGAGAACUACCCCCGGCUGGCAGCAUUGCUCAAGCGGAAGAAGGAUUUUGAGACUGAAAUGAACGCGACGGGUGGAGUGCACGAGUUCCCUCACAAGCUGGUCGAAGAAGCGGAGGAGAACUGCCACUUCAAAUGCACUGUUGAGGUUGUUCACGUAUCACCCAAAGACGACUUCACCUACCUGUACGUCACGGACUACACCUCUCGCACCGACCUCGUGCCUGUCUCAGCUUCCAUCGCUCCCGAGACACUUGCCGACCGAGUCGUCCGAGUUGAGCUGCGUGACGCGCAAGUGGACAUCGCUAAGAGCCUCGAGGCUGGCGACUUCGUCGCCAUACGGAAUCUCCGUCUACGGCCGUCAGGUGGUGGCACCCUCCUCGCUGGACGCCUGGGUGGUGACCAACGGCUGAUUACGAAGCUGAACCCUAAAGCGGCUGGGAAUGCGGACCUGCGGGCGCUGCUGAGCCGAAAGGAGGAGUGGACCGGCGCACAGACCAAGUCCAAACGCGAGGGGAAGCGUACUGCCGCGCGCGCCGCUCGUCUAGCGGCGGCGGCGGCGGCGGCAGCAGAUACAUCCACCAACGCCACAGCGGAGGUAUCAGGCUCCAAGACCGUCGCGGUCCCUCGCAAGGGCAAACAUAAACACAAGGGAAAGCAGUUUGUGACGCUCGAAGAUGUUAAAGCGAGCGAGACGUGCCCCGCGGUGUUCCGUGUGCGUGCACGCGCGGUCGACUUCUUUCCUGACGACCUGCGGGACUGCACUGUUCUGCGGUGCACGAACUGUGCCGAAACGCUGCCCAAGACCCAUCGGCGGUGUUCGAAAUGCGACGAUGUGAUGGAGGACGACACCGCCGUCGCGGCAUUCUUCCAGCUCUGGCUGCGUCUCGCAGAUGCAGAAGGCACGACCCUCGACGUAUCCAUCGCGGACGAACGUUGCUCCAUCUUGGAGGAUCUUUCGCCGGACGACGUGCACGAGGACGACGGUGCGUUUGCGAUGCUCGUAGCAAGGGUGCGGCCGCUCCUGGGCGGGUUACUGGACGUGCGUGAAGACGAGGCGCGACGGCGGCCUCUCGCUGAGGAUGCGGAUGCAGAGCCGACACCGUUAAUGGACUUGACAAUUGGGAGCUGGCUGCCUGAGGGGGAGCCGGAAACCUCGGAUGCGCGUGCAUAUGUGGUUCUGAAGCAUGCUUUAUGCGAGGACGACGAUGCUUGA